GUAAAAUAAGGGUUUUACAUUGUAAUAUCGUGACAGUUGAUCUGAUAACCAAGAUGGCUACUGAAAGACUAAUGGGAGGGUAGAGUGUUCAGAAUGGACACGCUGGACAAAGGGAUGAUUCAUAUUCUGCGUGGGAUGGGACUGGAUAGUGCACAGUUUAAAACUUAUGAAUUGUUUAUUUCUGGAAUGUUCCAUGUAAUAUUUUUGGAUGUCUGUUGAGUGUGGGUAACUGAAAGUAUGGAAAACAAAACCAUAGAUAAGGAGGGACUACUGUAUAUGUAUAAUACUACCGCACUUAAACUAGGAAGGUUGUUAGGUCUAAAGACAAAGUGACAAGAAAAAAAAAGUUGACUAGUAGAUGAAAAAGGAAUAACUUAUUUAUGUGAAAAAAAGUGUGGAUGUUAGACUGCUAUGCUUCUGAUCACCUUACUAUAUUGUCCAUGCCAUUGAUUACCCUUUUCUUAAUUCACCUCUUUGCAUCAACAUUUGUUUGUUUUUUGUGUUGUUUUAGGGAGGUUCAGGCCCUUCCCCUGUCCAUAUACUGUCUCCUAUAAAGAACCUGUGGGUACCGUAAGUGCUCUCUGCCUAUAGAAAUGAACCCCAUCUGCCUUUCUUCAUCAUACUUCUGAUAUUUUUUAUGACCGAGGCCUUCAGUUCACAAACACUGUUAUCAAGCCCUCACAUGACCAUCCACCAGUGUGUUUGGUACUAGGGAUGUAAGGAUGACAUUUUUAACAAGUGUUUUAGUCUUCAGCAUGCUCACAGUACAGUAGGGCAGAUAAAUGUGUAAACAGAUUGGCCAGACAGAGUGGCACAGCUACUUUAGGAGACUAAGCUGAGAGGUUUGCUUGAGCCCAGGAAUUCAAGACCAGUCUGGGCAACAUAGUGAGACCCUGUCUCAAAAUUAAAAAACCCUCAAAUAACCACAGCAGUAGUAACUGUAUCUGUAAUAAGGGCCAGAGGAGUGAUUAAUGACUUUUGGCCUUGACAUCAGGGUCAGGGACAGUAUCUCAGAAAAAGGCAGGGCAUUCUGGGCAGAGGGAAGCACUGCUUAAAGGCUUAGAGACAUAUAAUUGUAUGAGUUUUGAGAGCUAUGAGGUACUAGAAAAGUAUAAUGUGCAAAAGAAAAUAUGGAGUGGAGGUAGGCUGUGGACAGAUUGUAAAAUACCUCUGUGCAUUCUAAGGACUGUGGACUUUAUCUUGUACAUAAUGGACAACUCCCCAGACACUUUAAGGAAGGUAGUCACCUGAGAAAAAAGGGUUUUGGAGUCACUCAGAAUUGAACUCAAAUCUCUACUUGUGUCACAGACUUACUAGGUGUAUACCCUUGGACUUGGUGCUUAACAUUUCUGAACUUCAGUUUUUACAUUUAUGAAAUGGGGAUAACUUGAGCUGAGAAUACCCUGGACUGUGAGUGACUUAAUCAUUCAGCAAACAUAUAUUGAGUGCCUGUUAUGAUAUCCAGAGAAAUUCUAUGGGGAAGGGAAGGGAAAUAUUGUAGAAUGAGCCUACAAAGAUUAGAAAAAGCUGGAUGCUUGAGCACAGCCCUUCCAAAACUUAGCAUGUUUCCCUACUUAUACCUGUUCUUAUUCUUGUGUUCUCUGUCAUUGUAGUGGUACCCUAGGACAGAAGCCUUGGAAUCCUUGUUAUACCUUAUUUAUAUCCAACCAGUUAUCAAAUUCAGCCUGUUUUACUUUUUAAAUAUUCUUUGGCCACAUCUUUUUGUCUCUAUCCCUAUUGUUAAAGGCUUGGUUCAGGCCCUUACCUCUCAUUUGGAGUCUGCAGUAGUUGGUCACUUUUCCUAGUCUAAUUCAUUUUUCUUUGACCAGAAAGUUCCCAUUCUAAACAAUACCAGCCAUGUGCUGAGCCCUAGCUGUCAAAUGACUGCUAAAACUCUCCAUUGUCUCAGAUUAUUACAAUAAACUUUUGGUUUGCUGCUAUAGGGUGAAGGCUUUUACCCUGUCCUUGGUUGGCUAUAAGCCAAGUAGUAUGUCAGUUCCAGCGGCAGCACUUCCCCUGCCCCUGCCCCUGCCCACCCCCCUUCAUUUCUUCACCUGUUGCCUCAGACCUGCUUCCUUGUUCUUUGUUCCUCUGUCUUCUGACAAAUGCCUGAGGCGUUCUUUUCAUCUACUAUUGCUGAAACACAAAGCUUUUUUGUUUUUCUAUUAACAGUUAUUCUGUUAACCAGUUUGCCCUAAACAGAUUAUAUAUAGGCCAGCCCCCUGAGUUUGUUUUAGGGGUGUGUUACUACUCUUUACAUAAGAUAUGAAGCCUUUUUUUUUAAACCAUUCCAGAUUUUAAUAAGGUUUCUCUUCUCUCAACUCCCACAGCAGGUGCCUUUUAUAUUCUCUGUGAACCUACAGUUCAAAUGAACCUACUCAUGGUCUUUAACCUUUUUGCACUUCUACCCUGAUAAGAAGCUGUCUUAGGAGGGAGGGGGGGAUUGGUUUGUUUUUGUUUUUUGUUUUGUCUUUUCUUGUUCUGCCCACUUUUAUCCUCCUUGUUUAUUUAGAAUCUGAUUAUCCGUGAAGAUAAGAUAGAUUUUGAUACCUACUUGUAGGUACACAGGCUGAAGUUAAAUAUCUGUAUCCCAGUACUUACCACAAUGCUUUGUACCUGUUAGGUCACUUUUGUCACAUAUGGCUUCAUCAUCACACAGAUAGUCAGGAUGGCUAACUGGCUGGCUCCCCACAUGGUGCCCUACAUCUAUGUCACACCUUAAAGAAGCUGAAGAGAAAAUUUUAAAACGUGUCCCUUGCACAUACAAAAAAGAACCUGUUCAUAUAUCUAAUGGAAAUAAAAUAUGGACACUGAAGUGCUCUCAUAAUAUUUCAAAUAAGACUCCACUUGUCCUCCUGCAUGGUUUUGGAGGAGGUCUUGGACUCUGGGCACUGAAUUUUGGAGAUCUUUGCACUGAUAGGCCUGUCUAUGCUUUUGACCUACUGGGCUUUGGACGCAGUAGUAGACCCAGGUUUGACAGUGAUGCAGAAGAAGCGGAGAAUCAGUUUGUGGAAUCCAUUGAAGAAUGGAGAUGUGCCCUAGGAUUGGACAAAGUGAUCUUGCUUGGGCACAACCUAGGUGGCUUCCUGGCUGCUGCUUACUCACUGAAGUACCCAUCAAGGGUUAGUCAUCUCAUUUUAGUGGAGCCUUGGGGUUUUCCUGAACGACCAGACCUUGCUGAUCAAGACAGACCAAUUCCAGUUUGGAUCAGAGCUCUGGGAGCAGCAUUGACUCCCUUUAACCCUUUAGCUAGCCUCAGGAUUGCAGGACCCUUUGGUUUAAGUCUCGUGCAGCGUUUAAGGCCUGAUUUCAAACGGAAGUAUUCUUCAAUGUUUGAAGAUGAUACCGUGACAGAAUACAUCUACCACUGUAACGUACAGACUCCAAGUGGUGAGACAGCUUUCAAGAAUAUGACUAUUCCUUAUGGAUGGGCAAAAAGGCCAAUGCUCCAGCGAAUAGGUAAAAUGGACCCUGACAUUCCAGUCUCAGUGAUCUUUGGCGCCCGAUCCUGCAUAGAUGGCAAUUCUGGCACCAGCAUCCAGUCAUUACGACCACAGUCAUAUGUGAAGACAAUAGCUAUUCUGGGGGCAGGGCAUUAUGUAUAUGCAGAUCAACCAGAAGAGUUCAAUCAGAAAGUAAAGGAAAUCUGUGACACCGUGGACUGAAUACACUGAAGUUGUGGGAAAACCUGGUGACUGAUAACAGUUCUUCAGCAAUAAUUCAUAGUCUACGAUGAAGAGCAAGGAAUACAACACCAGAAGCAGGCUGUCUUCUAGACUGUACUUUGCACAUGUUGUCUUUAUGAAGUCACUUGCACAUUUAAACCGGUUAGUGCCUUCUAGAAGAAUGGUUUUCCUUUCUCCUACACAAAAUUUAAUAGCUUUAAAUAAAAGGUUAUUUGUCCCUCUGAUAUACUGAAAAAUUAUAAUUUUUCAGCUGAGAAUUUUUUCAUUUUUAUCUAACUUGUUGGGUACUUUUUAUAUUACAGUCUAUAGUGCCAAUUUAAAGAAGUGAUUUCUGGGUUUAUGAUAUACUAUAAAGGUGCACUUUAUUUUCUUUGCAUAUAUUUAUCAUGUCUAAUAACUGAUAUAGUUAAUCCAAAAUCAGUGUUUUUAAUGUAAAAAUUUGUCAGUUCAGAAUGUUUCACUUUGUUUUUGAAAUGGAGUGAGAAAACAGGUUUUUGAUUAAAAGAAUAGGAUUGAUCACUAGCAUUAAUUUUUCUGAUUUUCUUCUUUUUUGUAUUUAAGGCUGCAAAUGUUGUUAAACAUUUUAAAUAUGGUCCAUCCUGACAUAUGCAAUCUGCAAUAACAUAACCCCUUGGAAACUUCCAUGCGUGAUAUAAUUCUAUACUUCCAAGGAAACAUAACAUUAAUACUUAAGUGAUUUGAGUACUGAAAAACCUUAAGUAAAAGUCUGCCUUUUAUUCCUCCCAUUAAUACUAUUCUUUUCCAUGAACCAGGAUGCAGCAAAUGGAACAGAUUUCUUCACUUAAGGGGAUAUUGAGACUGUUACCUUCCAGAAAGCCAAGGCAUAUCAUACUUUCAUUAAUAUUUAACUUUUAUAGAUGGGUGCUAAAACUGGAUUGCGUUUUUACCACUAAAAUAUAAAAAUAGAUGCUGUUGUUAUGUCUCAUAGCACCAGAAAUGAGCUAAUACUGGGUUUUUUAAAUUAUUAUUAAGAGUAUUGUGUUGAUUAAAUCAUUAUAUUCUUGAAGUUAUAUUACAAAAAUUCUAUGGUUGAUUGAACUAUUUAAUAGUGACAACCCUCAAGUGUGUCACUUGCUUGUGGUUUUAAAAUGAGGAAAACUUCUUUGAAACUGUGAAAAACCUCCUUGUGGUAACUGGCUGCUGAGAAAACCCUCCACAGAAGAAAAUUGAAUAGGAUUGUCACCAACAAGGCAUUUUUGCCUUGUGUUUUGCUAAUGUUGCUUGUCUAGGAGAAAGGUGGUUAUAUAAAUAAAAACAGUAAACUCAAGCAAA